AUUGUACUGCAGUUGACUCACAGCAUCUGAGUCGCGCUGCACGCAUUGACUACCCAAUCGUCACCGAGUCGACAAGUUUCCACUAUAUCAGCUGAUAUCGCGACCGCGUCUCGCCACUUGAAUCCGUUUUUAUACUCAGUUAUGUCUCGAUAGUGCGCGCCAAUGGACGUCGUAAACGGCUCGCCGUCGCUACGGCAGCGCGGCGGCAAACACAAUAGUGACAAUAAAAAAUAUGAUUUGAAUCUGUGCCCGAGUGUUAUGUCUCCGGAAACGCAACGUCUCCUGCCGCCGACCACGGAGACUAUUAUGACGAAGCCGUUCCCCGUACGAGGGGAACGAUCCAACUAUGUGAAUAUACCACAUGUCAUAGCCAUGGUGGGGCUACCGGCGCGGGGGAAGACCUACAUCUCAAAGAAAUUGUCACGGUACCUCAACUGGAUAGGAAUCAAUACGAGAGUGUUUAACCUGGGCGAGUACAGGCGGCAUGCCACUACAGCGUACACGAGCCACGAGUUCUUCCGCGCGGACAACAAGGAGGCGAUGGCGAUACGCCAGCAGUGCGCCCUCGACGCGCUCCACGACGUCUGCGAGUGGCUCGUCAAAGGCGGAGAAGUGGCUGUGUUCGACGCGACGAACUCGACGCUGGACCGGCGGCGCAUGAUCCGCGACAUCGUGGUACACAAGAUGGGCUUCAAACUGUUCUUCGUCGAAUCCAUAUGUGAUGAUCCCACCAUCAUUGAGCAGAAUAUCAUGGAAGUAAAAGUAAGCAGUCCAGACUACACGAACAUUCAAAACACAGACAUACUAAACGACUUCAUGCUCCGAAUAGAGCAUUACAAAGAGAAAUACGAGCCCCUGGACGAGAGUCUGGAGUCGGAGUACAGCUUCAUGAAGAUAUACGACACCGGUGAGAAGGUGGUGGUGCACAAACACGAGGGCCACAUACAGAGCCGGAUCGUGUACUAUCUCAUGAAUAUACAUAUUGUACCGAGAACCAUUUAUUUGACAAGGCACGGCGAGAGCCUUCACAACAUGGUGGGCCGCAUCGGCGGUGACAGCGAGCUGUCUCCACGAGGCCGGCAGUACGCAAGCGCGCUCAGUUCCUACAUCGAGCAACAGCAGAUCCCCGGCCUUAGGGUGUGGACCUCGUGGAUGAAGAGGGCCAUCCAGACCGUCAAGGACGUGAAGGCACCCCAGGAGAGGUGGAAGGCGCUCAACGAGAUUGAUGCGGGUAUAUGUGAAGAGAUGACAUACGCAGAAAUCCAAGAGAAAUAUCCCUCGGACUUUAACGCCCGGGAUGCUAACAAGUUCGCGUACCGGUAUCCGCGCGGCGAGAGCUACGAGGACCUGGUGGCGCGGCUAGAGCCCGUCAUCAUGGAGCUGGAGCGCCAGGGGAACGUGCUGGUGGUCUCCCACCAGGCUGUGAUGCGGUGCCUGCUCGCUUACUUCCUGGACAAGUCUGCCGAGGAGCUGCCGUACCUGCACGUGCCGCUGCACACGGUGAUCAAACUGACGCCGGUAGCGUACGGCUGCCGAGAGGAACAUAUCGCGCUCUCAGUCGCCGCGGUCGACACGCACCGGCCCAAACCCUCUGUGAUACCAGCGCCGCCAAUCAAACCGCUCGUCUCACUCGUUCUUAACGGCACCAACGGCGAGCAAAACGACGAUGACCAAUCGCACUAACGCGUGCUGGCCAUAGAUAAGGCGUUGCCGCCUCUAAUUAGUCGACCAAUGGAUACUUUGACGUAAACGAGAUGUAAAAUAAAAAAAAAAAAAUUUUGUCCGUGACUAUGAGUUCUAUAUUUGAGACUGAUUACGUGAAUAUAGAAUAUACGUUUUGAAUUGUAAUUUCGCGCGUUCGAUUGAAUGGUGUGUGAAUGUAUAAUAUAAUAAUUAGUGUCGUGAUAUUUUGAUUCAGAGGGUGCGGAGACGCCAUAUUUGGAGUACGUUUUAUACAAUAAUGACAUUUGACAUUUUACGCGCCAUUUUGUGACAUUCUGUAUUUAUAAAUAUGUAGAUAUUGUUUUGUUUUUAUUGCUGUUAAAUAUUACAUUGUUGUGAUAUAUUUUUAUAUGCCAAAAAUUGUAAUAUAUGUUAUUAGUGCAAAUGUAAAUUGAAUAUUACCUUUUUUAAUUAAUAUACGGUGACGUACUGUUGUUGUUAUGACCAUAUUGCAAUCAUUUUAAUGACGCCACCAUAGUUUGUGAAUGCGACAAUCUGUAAGCCUGUGAACUACAAUUUAAGAUUUCAUUUAUGAUUCAUGCGACGCAACUAAUGUGGCAUACAUUUAGGUUUUAUAGAUCAAACAGAUGUAACAGACGAUCUAAAUAUAUAUUUUUUGCGUAUUAUUAUUAUUUUUUACGAAAAUCAAAUUAAUAGAAGUUUAGUUUAAUUUAAAAUAUCACUAUUUCGAAUUGGUGUGCUCUUUCGGCUUUUAAUAAUUCGUUUUCUUUCUUUCUUUUUCUUUCUCUCUUUUUUUCUUUCUUUUACAUUAAUAAUCUACUAGCUGUUUAACACUAAACCUACCAAGCGCGGUCAAAUGACCGUUUUUGAAAUUUAAUUAAAAAAUUUUCAUGUACAACGUUCCUGUAUCACCAUGUAACUUACUGGCUUUUCCUGUAAUAUACAUACAACCCAUUUUUCAAUAUUUACAACUUACUAUUAUUUACUUGUUUACUAUCCAAUUGGCUAAAGUCUCUUUCUAUAUUAGGAUACAUACUUUAUUUUAAAGUGGUCAUUUGACCGCUCAUGAUAGGAUUAGGUAUAUAUGAAAUGUCGGUAGGUUUAGUGCUAACCACUUUUACCACAUGAAUUAAAAUAAAAAGUAUUUGUUGUUAAUUAAGAUCAUGGUCUAUCUUUGUACUGAAUUUAAUUCAAAACAAUUCAGCAGUUUAAAUAAGAUUAAAUAACGACAUCCAAAUAUCUUUUCGAACUGUAACAUUUCUAAUUUUUUUUUUUAUACAAUUUUAAUAUUAGUUGUAAUAUAUAUUGCCAAUUUUAUAUGUAAAAAAAAAAUGAGGUAUUUACAAGGAUCGCAUUAAGUUAUUUUGUUUUUUAAGUAUUUUAUUUCUAUAGGGCGUUUUAAUAGUUGCCAUUUAUUGUUUCAUAUUAUUAUAAAACGCAAUAAAUUCAGCAUUCAUGCGUAACAAUCGCUCUACUGCCUCUCUCUAGCGGUACAAUUUAAAUCCACUUAUUGGUGUAAUAAAUAUAUAUUUUAUUAUAUUUCAAGCUACUACUAUUAUUUACAAUUUACGGACAAUAAUGUUACUAUAAGGAAUAAAUCGUUAAAAUUUAGUUUGUUUAUAGUAAUUGUUCUUUCUACCGCUAGAGGCGCUCGCGUCCUGCUAAAUAACAAUGCCAAACUCCAAACGCAGCCUCUCCGCACGCAUAUAUUUUUAUAACUUAUCUCGUUUUGUCAACUCCUCUAUUACUCAAUCAUGUACUAUUUAAUAAGAAUUUUUACAAAUGCCUAUGUAUAUUAUAAUUAUUGUAAAAUGUUGAAUUAAUUUUUAUUUCAAUAUAAAUGUAACAUAAGUGGG